AUGGAUCCUCCCAGUGAUGAUUUGGUCACCAAGUCCACGACGACCGUGCCUUCGGACUUAGGGACCCCUCCUGAUCAAAUGCGAAACGACUCGCUGGCCCAGAAACGUGUCUCAAAUGCGGGAUUUUUGCAAGAAGCAAUGGACUUCACCCUCAAUUUCCUCUCGACCUCCAGCAACGAGAAGCUCGUGGGCGUGUUCGUUCUCCUAACAAUCGUGACCUACAUCGUGUUAGGACGAGUCGGGCUUUUGUUGAUUGGGACUGCACUCGGGGUCAUUUUACACGCGUCCUGGGAAGGGGCUCAUGGACAAGGGGAGGAAGGAUUGCAGUUGUCCAAAAAACGAAAAGAAUUGGCCCUGGAGGUGUCAAUGAGGCUCUUGGAUUGGCCCAAGCGCGUCGUUUCCGCCGAGAUUGACACCCAGGACAAUGGUAACCCGGUCGCGGCACCGGAAGACUUGUCUGCCACGGACCUUGACUAUAGAACUUUUCGGCCAGCGACUGCUGCGGCAUUGAGAUUGCUCACCGACGCAGUUGUUAAGGAUUAUGUCAAGUAUUGGUACGAGCCAAUCCUGCCUAAAGAAUCAGUCUUUCCAGGGUCCUGUCGGAGGACUCUGACCCAUUUCGUGACGACUAUCUCGUCCCAUCUUUCGCGGAAACGGACGGAGGAUACCUUCUUACAGUUUCUCACCAAUUCUUCAUCUAUUAUAAUCGUGUUUCUAAACGAACUCGCUGCUGCAUUUGCCGCGGGGUCUUCUUACACCGAAGCCCAGGAGAUUGUUGACCAAUAUCUCGAAAAUGCCCCGGACAGCAGCCUCGCAAAUGUUCUGUCAGAAGAACAGCAGCGGAAAAAGCUCAACAUGGUUGCAGAUGAUAUCCUGUCCAACUUCCUCGAUGCAAAAGCGUAUGGAUGUUAUCCAGUGAGGGAUUUUCUUCGCGAGGUUUUCUCGGGGGUCGUUCUGGAGUCGACGGUGACGAGCCUUUCUCGGCCCGAGUUCAUCAAUGAUUGGAUCAUCUAUCUUUUACAAGAUGGCGAAUCUGAGAUCAUGCAUGCAAUCGAUGCUGGCGUCGAGGGUGCACGAAACCAGGGUGUUAAUACCCCAAAAGUCUCAGAGGAGGCCAAGGGUAGGAUACCGGAAUCGAAAAAUGAUGAAAUCGUUUCUCAAAAUACGGGACACGAGUCUAAUGGCACGGAUAAGGUAACCGAAGAAGCCAUGCUAGAGGCAAAACGUUUGAGCGCCAUGAUUGCAUCUCAAGAUGUACAGGGCGCCUAUGAACGACCCGCCAGAACCGCUCAAUCCGCAGAGGCGCGUCCAUCGACUGACGAGACCAAUAGGUCUUCGACACAGCUUACAAAUGGUAGCCAAGAAUCGGACAUCUCUACCCCGGCGGGCGCGAUGAAAAACCAAAUGCCACUUACCAACUCGCCAUCGUCAACUCCCGUUUCAUCCCUUCGUGAAGACGUUCCGGUGCCCCCUCUAACCCUUCACGGUGCCCUGGUCAUGGUGGACGACGCUGGCGCCGGGAGUGAGAAGGGACUCAUUAAAUCACGGCCUACGUGGGAUUAUCUCCUGCAGAUCGAACCAACGUCCACUCGCUCUACCGGAUGGAUGGUGUUCCGAAAGUAUUCUGACUUUCAGUCUCUUCACGAAAUGCUGGAGACGGUGUCACGCUUGAACCGAAUCACCGGCUUCUCUGAACAGUUUCCAGCUCUGCCCUCCUGGAAAGGCCAGACGCGACAGGCUCUGGCGCGAGAUUUAGAGCAGUAUCUACAGCAGGCCAUAAAGCAUGAACCCCUUGCGGAAACAGACCGAAUGCGACGAUUCUUGGAAAAGGAUGUGGGGACCAGCGAAGUCCCCUCUGCCAAGCCUGGAUUCUCCUUCCCGAGCCAGAGCGCAUUCGAAAAUAUGGGCAAGGGCGUCUUGGGGGCACUGACCAAUGCCCCCAAAGGUGUGGCAGGGGGCGGCAGAGCGGUCUUCGACGGAGUGACCGGGGUCUUUGGGGGCGUUGGACAUAGCAGGAAGCCUACAAAUAGCGAACGACUAUCGCACCAUCAGAAGAGCCCGUCACGAUCAGAGCGUGAAAUUCGGAACAGCUCUAGCUCUGUGGGUGACUUGGACCGCAUCAAUUCUUCUCCGGCAGAGCCCAGGUUGGAAGGUCACUCUGCCUCGUCCCAAGGCAGCGGAGAAGAGCUCCCGACGCUGGUCUCAUCGCCAACUGCUUCCUCCUUGGGCGUGGCGAAAGAAAAAAUUGCCAAGUCACUUUCCCUGAGCGAUCCUGGCAAUGAUAUGGACGCGGCGGUCACUGAGCAGGAUGCGUGGGCCUCCGAGUCGACGCUCGCGCUGUCUGAAAACCCGAGGUCGUUCGAGUCUGUCGACCACGAAGUAGUCGAAGUCAAAGAAGACCCGGGCCCGGCGUCACCGAAGCUAGCACACGAGUCCGAAUUGACUGGAGAGUUGGAUCCCGGCUCACAAGGCGUGCGCCGACACCGGCAACCUAUCACCGCGGACGAGACUCAGAUCGCAGUGGAACUGAUAUUUGCCGUGAUCAACGAACUCUAUACCCUGUCAUCUGCAUGGAACAUCCGUCGGACCUUACUGAAUGCUGCCAAAACGUAUAUCCUUCGUCCUGGAAGUCCAACACUCGAGACGAUCCGUGAGCUGCUGCAGACUUCCAUGAUUGAAAGCCACACAUCGGAUGACGCACUUGGAGAAUAUCUGAAAAAGCUGCGGGAGAAUGCUCUUCCAACAGAGGAAGAGUUAAAGGCCUGGCCUCCCACGCCAAGCGAGCAGGAAAAGGCGCAGUUGCGGGAUAAAGCGCGCCGGCUCUAG